GUACAACAGUUAACUUUACGUUUCCGAAUGGUUUGUUUAUUAUUAGAAUAUUCACGGGUACCUAUCCAACCUGCGAAAAGCACACGUUUUCACAUGUGAUAGUGGGUACACAUGGUUUGGGAAUUCUGCUGGUGAAAUCCCAGUAACAAUGGCGGAGCUUAGCGAAGCCAUGCUCAGCAAGCUGUCAACACAGGAACGAAAAAAACUCAACCACCAAUUACGACAGACACAAGUGAAGAACUAUCUCACCUUUAUCAAAACAGAAAGAGAAAAUAAUAAAGGAAGCAUUAAACGAAAGAGAAAACCGAACAAAAGAAAUACCAGUGUCAAGUUUGGAGACAACGUUCUGUUGCAAGAUGCUGUGGAGAAUUUUGAUGACAGGGAAGUUCAAAGACUCCUUCAUAAAGGAAGUGAUGUGAAUUACGUGACGGGAAACAACACCUCACUCCUACAUAAGUGUGUUAGUGAGGACAAUCUGACAACGGCAGAAUUACUUUUGUCCCAGGGUGCUGACACAAACGCUCUGGAUGAUGAUGGAUGGUCUCCCUUACAUCAGGCAUGCUCAUGUGAACUCCCAGAGAUGGCGCAACUGCUUCUUAAUAAUGGAGCUGACCCUACAGCUUUAGAUGUUGAUGGAUUUUUCCCGUCAGACCUGGCCCCAGACGGGUCCGAGACCCAGCAGGCUGUACUAAAACAUAUGGAAAAAAUGGGAGUGACCGCUGACCAGAAGAAAGAGCUACAAUUGAAUACACCUAGACAGAUGUUUUCUGAUGUCCAGCUCCUUUUGACCACUGGCAGUGGUCUCAGCAAAUCGUCAGACCAUGGAAUCACCUUGCUGCACAUCGCGUGUGCGAAUGGAUACAGGAAGGUUGUUCGUUUGUUGCUGAAGAAGUAUGUAAAUGUUGACACACAAGAAAAUAUGGGCUGGACUUCCCUUCAUGUAGCUUCGCGAUAUAACCAGCUGGACAUAAUCAAACUGCUGUUAAAGGCUGGAGCGGAUCCAAAUUUGGUUAACAUUGAAGGCAAUAAGCCUUCAGCUGUCACAAACUCUAACGAAAUCCGAGCUCUCCUGAUGAAAGCAGAGAGAAAGCAAGAGACAAGAAUGCGAGACUCCGAGAUUGGUCCAGUAGAAGGGGAUGAUGACAUAUAUGAUGAAAUAGAUGGACCGGAGGAAAAUGGCAUAGCUGGCCUCGUCAGAAUUAACAGUAAAACUGUUAAAUCCAAACAUACCACACUAGCUAGAGAGGAUGGACUGUCGGAGGCACGGACACGCUUGGAGUUCCUCGAUGGAGAAAGUAGUUCUGACCCUCAGACAAAACCAGGAGCCUCUGGUAAUAUGUCAGAUACACAGGCAUUCAGUAAGCCAGAGCAAAAGUCCUUAGAUAAAGAAGAGGCAAAGCCGUCCAAUGAGGAGGAUGACGUUUACGAGGAAAUCUACAUCACAAAGAUUUGGCGAGGAUCCGACAAUAAACUUGGGAUUUUACCAGAGGUGUCCAGUACUGACAACAUGACAGAUUUGGCAGACAUUUCUGAGAGUACGAUUCUAAAGGAAAUCCAGCAGCGUUAUUCUAAAAACCAAAUCUACACCUUUAUUGGAGACGUGUUAAUUGCUGUUAACCCAUUCCAGGAAAUGUCGUGUUACUCAAAGUCUAUUUCUGCAAAAUAUCACAAAGAGCGUGAAAAGUUACCUCCCCAUGUGUAUGCAGUGGCUGAAAGGGCCCAUCAGUGUCUGAUGCGAGACCACAAUGCUCAGUGUUGUGUUAUCAGUGGAGAGAGUGGCGCGGGGAAGACGGAAACAUGUAAAUUUAUUGUACAACAUCUUUCGCGCAUUGCUGGCAGUGACGAGAGUAGUCUCAACAGUAAAAUCAACCAGGGAAAUGCUGUCCUCGAAGCGUUUGGGAAUGCCAGAACUGUCAUCAACACAAACUCUAGUAGAUAUGCCAAAUAUAUAGAGCUCUACUUCAACGACCUUGGAAAGAUAAUGGGAGCGAAAUUGUCGGAAUAUCUUUUGGAGAAGUCACGAGUGGUGUUCCAGAAUGAAGGGGAAUGUAACUACCACAUAUUCUACUGGAUGUUUUCGGGCCUCACACCGGAGGAGUCCACUUUCCUCAAACUCAAAUCAAUCACUUCUCAUAGGUACAUGCGCCACAAGGGGAUUGACCCGACAAGCCUCGUCAACUCGGAGAAUCAUGAGAAGUUCCUGGAACUGAAGGAAUGUCUGAAGUUCAUUGGGUUUACACAGGAUGACCUGGAGAAUAUAUUGUUGAUGCUGUCAACUGUCCUUCACCUUGGUGACAUUACCUUUACGACAGGAGGUAUGAAUGACAUGGCAGUCAUAGUUAACCCUGCACAAGUCGAACUCGUUUCCGAGUUGUUGAAGGUCUCUGCUGAGGAGCUUGGAUCAUCAUUUGUAUGUGACUACACAGUAACCAGGGGUGAGCAGAUUCGGAAGGAGAGAACUCUUCAACAGGCCAGCGACUGUCGCGAUGCUUUGGCCAAGUCUAUUUAUAGCCGAAUGUUUAGUUGGAUAGUCAAUGGUAUAAAUCAGAUGAUCCAACCAAUGGUUCCGAGGGAGGAUCCAUUACUUGUGGGUAUCCUGGAUAUUUUUGGGUUUGAAAAUUUUUCCAGGAACAGUUUUGAACAGGUGUGUAUAAAUCUGGCCAAUGAACAGAUGCAAAAUUACACCAAUGAACACAUCUUUUACAAAGAACAACAGGACUGUCUACAAGAAGGCGUCCCAUUGGUGGAUUUUGACUACAAGAGUAACCAGUCUGUUCUGGAUACUUUCUUUGAGAAACACACUGGAAUCUUGGCUAUUUUGGAUGAAGAAAGUUCAUUCCCCAAGGCAACAGAUCGUUCCUUGGCAACCAAGCUUCACCAGGGUCCAGGAAAAAAGUUCCGAGAUGUAUACAAGUCACCUAAAAACAUGGGAGCGGUGUUCACAGUGGUACAUUAUGCUGGUGCUGUGUCCUACGACCUGCUGGGAUUCCUGGACAAGAACCGAGACACCUUACCGAAUGCUGUCACAUACAUAUUGAAAACUAGUGAGAGUCUGCUCAUCAAGGAUCUGUUCCAGUCCCGUGUGACCAGGACAGGGUCCCUAGCUCCAAGUGGCCGACAGCAGAGGUCACGAAGGGGCACAACUGUCAAGUCUCCAUUUGAAUUCUUCAAGAAAAUGAAAGGAGGGAAAACAGACAAGAAACCCAGAGGUCCGAUGAUGUCUGUCGAGAGAAAGGGACCAGCGACUAUGGCAUAUCACUUCAAGAAUUCUCUUAAUGAUCUGAUGACCAAGAUCCAGUCAGCUAAACCACAAAUCAUCCGAUGUAUUCGUCCAAACACCACAAAGACUGCCAUGUUGUUUGUCCCAGAGUAUGCUCUCGCCCAGCUGCGGUAUACUGGAAUCGCAGAAACAAUCAAAAUUAAAAAAUUUGGUUAUUCCAUGAGAAUCCGAUUCCACGACUUCUUAUUGAGGUACCACACCCUGACAGUCUGUCUCCUGCCACAACACAGUAUGAUACCAGACCUGGACAAAUGUAAACACAUCUUACUUUGGUGUCAACUGUCAGAGGCCAAGGACAAGUACAAGAUCGGAAAAACAAAGCUAUUCAUGUGUGAACGACACUGUACCCGUCUGGAGGAGGGGGAGGUAACUCUCCGAAGGAGAGUGACCAUCGCACAAGCAGUUGUGCGUGGAUUCCUUGCCAGAAGAGGGUUUAAAACACUCAAAAUACAAAUCCAGCAGAAACAGGAAAUGGAAAUUUCCACCUUCUGCCACCAGAUGGCACUCCAUCAAGAUCAACUGUUGUCAUGGUUACAAAUUAUUAACACUGAGGAUGACAAGAGACAGCAGCAGAAGCUGAAAACUGAUGAAGUUCGAGAGAUAUGCAAAUCCCUAGAGGAGCUAGACGACUUGCUUGAUGUGUACGAUGACUUCAAUGCUGUGCGUGAUGAGACGGAGGAAGUCUUCAUAGACAAAGAUCUCAAUGACUACGACUUCACAUUUCCAAGGCCUGAACAAGCCGCAGCUGACGACGAGGACGAUAUGAAUGGCCAUGUACAGUAUCGGGGCCUGCCUCCCCCACCUCACGGAGAUUUCAUCUGUGACUCAGGGAACCCACCCCCCUGCCCCAGGGAUCUGUACUCACAGUCACAGAUCUAUGACACAAUACCCGCUAAUCAGGGAGAGUAUGGAAGUCAGAGACGUAAUGCCCCAGCUCCACCCAGACGGAGUCCUAGUACCCGCCUCAGCACCGGUAGCAGGCAGACUUCCUCGUCUUCCAGUGGAAUCUACGAUGACACAGCCCUGUACAUGGAGGACAGCCAUCAUAGUCCACAGCAUCAGGCACAGCCCCCACAUCCACCGAUUAACAUCCCACCCCUACAGAUGUCACCACGGCUACAGAAGAAAAUGGCGGCCAGUCCCUUGGUCAGCCCUCGUAGUCCAAACAAUCAGAACCCAAACAAGCCGUUCUCUUACAUAGUAAAUCUACCCGGUUCACCGAAAACGCAUCGUAGAUCAAGUGAUGGGAAGUACUAUGAUGUUCCGGAUGUGUCGCCACCUGGUGAUCCGACAUAUGAGCCAAUCGGACCUCAUCCAUAUACACAGGUCGAUAAACACAAAGCUCCAAGUAGUGGGCAGUAUGGUGCUCCAGCCUCACCAGGUCACCAGAGUCCAAACUACUACAGCCAAGGUCAAGGUCAUCCUGCGACUCCUGCAUCACCAGGUCACCAAAGUCAAGGUUACUUUGGUCAAGGACUUCCUGCCAGUAACGGCAGCCAGUAUGGUGCUCCUGCUUCACCAGGUCACCAAGGGCACUAUGGACAAGGUCAAGGUCAAUACACACCUCAAGGUCAACACCAUGGACAACUGCCAGCUAUGCAACAGCCUUCAUAUUCACCAUCACACCGAACGGCAUCUCCUCCACCACUGCCAAAGGUUGGCCCCGGGUCAGCCCCUCAUAGUCCAAAGUUACAGAGACAAUCUUCACUAACAAGAAAGAAUGAAAAAGUGGCUUCUCCCAUAAUGUCACGCCAGCAAACAGACCCAAGGGUCACAACCCCGGACCCUGGUGCUACACACAUGGACAGUGUGCCAAAGUCUGAAAGUCAAAGGCCUGGACAUGGCCCGCCCAGUUUCCCUGCGCCCCCUCCUCCGUUACCAGUGGCAGCACGGUUUGUGGCGGCUACUCUGGAAAAUAAUCGACCCCCUUCCCCACCGUUACCCCCUCCUCCUCCAGAAAUGAUAUCAGAUUCCUCUCCACACACCACACCACACAAAGUUCCCCCACCUGUAAUUCCACCUUCAGUUCCCAAAGUGGCAAACCCACCCCCUCCUCCACCACCACCAAUAUCAAAGAUUCCCGGAAGACCUCAGAUUUCUUCAUUUGAAAUUGGGAAAAAACAACCCAAAGCAGAUGAAUCACAUGACCAAGGCAAUAGAAAGCAGCCCCAGCAUACCAUGCCCCUUCCUGGUCAGGCUGUCAGACCGAACCAACAGAAACAGCAGCAGUUACAGGGCAAGAACCUGGUAGAGGAGCUCAGUAAAGUUACACUACGGACAGUUCAACAACAGAACAGUCCUCAGCAACCUGAACCACAGCCAGUCGUAGAGGAACCUAGGGUCAAACCCAGCCCACCCAAACCUCCAGAAAAAUCAAAACCUACACCAGAAAAAGAAUCUGAUCCUGCUGCAGCCUUUUUACCAAAAUUGAAAUCAACAGGUGCCAAGCCGUGGGAGAAAGGUCAGAACGUGCCACACCCACAAAUGGAUGAUGAUGAUCUGCCCCCUCCUCCACCACCGCCCAUGGAUGAGGACUUCCUGCCCCCUCCUCCCCCACCCCCAGGGGUUUCCCCCAACAUGGAGCUCUACCAGACAGGGGGUCAACAGAGAUACAAAAAAGAUUCAAGUCCUGACCCAGAGCGAAAACCUGACUCUGGCAUAGGUAGCAAUUCCAGUCUUUCCAGUAUGGAAAUAGACUUGGACGAUAUAGACUUCAGCCAAAUUCCAGGGUAUACCCCAAUCAAUGCUUCCAUACCCAACUGGAAAAGAGAUAUGGUGGAGAAGAAAAAUAGAGAAAAAUUAGAGGAGUAUUUGAAUGAAAUGAGAAGGCGGAAAGCUGAAGAAGAAAAAUGGAAAAAUGUACCAGAAUGGAAGAGAAAAUUAUUACUUGAAAAAGAAAAAACAAAAAGAGAAGAGGAUGAAAUGAAAACAAGUGCAGCAAUAAGGGAACAAGAAGAGAGAAGAAGAAAAGCAAAAGAGAAAAAGAAGAUUCGGAUUCUCUCCGAUGCGGAGAUCUUGGAAAGAACAAAUGCAAAGAUCAGUCCUGAACAACCACCCGUCACUCUGGUUAAGGAGGUAAAGCCUAUUGUUGCAUCACCAGAAAAGGAGGUCAAGGUCGUUAAGCCUAGUUCACAAUCCAUCAGUCCCGACCCUCCUCCUCCUCCAAUCACACCGGUAAAGGAGAAAAAGACGUCUAUUGUUUCACCUGAUGGAAUUCAAAAGGAGGAAGAACAGAGAAGGAAGGACGAGAAGAGGCAGCAGAUAGCAGAGGAACGAAUGAUGGAGGAAGACGAUGCUUCUGUACCAGCGUGGAAACGGGAAAUCAUGAACAAACGUGGAGGUGCACCUCGAAACUGGGGCGAUGAACGGGAAGAAGCAAAUGAAGAAAUGCAAGAACAAUGAACCAUUAUUAUACAAUGAUUAUUUAUAUAAAAACAAUAUGUACAAUCUUUACAGCCUCAGCCACUGUUACUGUGAAAUGUCACAUUUGCUGUGACUUACGUGUCAGAUACAAAGCCAGAUUUGUAAGGCGGAAACAACAUCGUCCUGUGGAUAGCUGUAUAUUUAGGGUGAAAUCAAAAUCUGAUGAGAACAGAAUUGAUGUACAGCGUCGUCAGUUAGAUAUCCUUGCAACUUUGUGUACAGACUCUUAUGUCAAACAGUUUUGCUUAGAACGUGUCAAUGUAUGAAGUUGUACAAUAGGUUUAAAAUAUACUUUUAACAUUCUCACAGUUGCUUCAAUGGAAUAUCAGCGACCAUUCAAAAGUUUUCCUGUAUCAGGUAGUUCUCAGCUUUACAAAUACACCAGAAAUUGUACCAACCUAAAAUGAUGUAUAUUUUUUUGUAUAUAAGCUUUUUGCUCUUUCUCUAUACAACCCUAAAGUCUGGGUGUUACCUACUUUUACUGUCUACCAGUAAUUAAUUAGAAAAAUAAAAUCAGAACUUGGAUUCAUGUAAUGAACUACUAUUUCAUUAACAUGUUUGAGUGUGGUAUAAAAUCAGUACCUGCAACAGUGGCCAGAUUUAUUUUUGUAAAAGGUAAGGAUGAUUUAGAUCUGUGGCAUUCAAGUAUUACAUUGUAUAUCAAAUGAAAUAUACAUGUAUAUAGCAGUGGAUAUCUGUAGUGUAACAGUUCAGGGUUAUGUAAUAGUUCUAACUUAAUGACGUACUAGUAGUUGCCAUAUUAUCCUGUCCUGAUAAAAUGUUGAUAUGGACUGAAGUUGACAAUAGACAUCCCUUAAAAUGAGAACAAAAACGAAAUAAAGGGAGAUAAUCAGAAUUAGAUUGAUUUAUUUCUGUAAUAUACUGUAACAUGUGCAUAUUGAGAUAUUUUUAAUAUUUUGUUAUCCCAAAAAAGCUGAAAUGCCAUCUUCAGUAUUAUGUAUUUUGAAUUUUAUUCUGGGAAAGGCCCAUUUAAAAGAAGGGACAUUUACAUCACCUAUCAAACUUCUUCUCGGUCUCUUCCUUUGGGGUCCGUGGCUCCAAGCACGCACUUGUAGUCAUAUCUAGUUAAGCCAUUUUCGUCAAUAUGAUACAAGGUUUGAGCCGAUUAUUGCUGAAGUCAGAACAUAUUUUUCAGGAAUAUUGUCGGAGACAUAUUGCUUUAUGACUAUAUAUGUGUACAUUUACAUACACAUGAGGUGAAUGUUAUUUCUUUUGUGAAUAACUGGAAGACAUUUGUCGAAAAAAAAAAUUUUGAAAGGAAAGAGUUACAUUGUUGUUUUAUAUAUCUAAAAAUAGCAUCACUUGAAUCGACUCUGUAUGUAUUUAUGUUAUGGACGCAAAGCUUUUUUUAUUUGUGAUAUUUUUGCUUUGAUAUUUAUCCGAAAGAUCUGUUGUACUUGUGGUUUGUACGUAAAUACCAAUAGUAUGUUUGUAAUACCAUGGUUUACUGAACAAUCAGAACAGAGUGUACGUACAACGUAUAGUAUAGUAUGAAGAUUAUCAAUCUUUAUAUUAAAGAAUUAAAGUUGAUAGAUUGUAACCAGCUUGCAUUUUUACAAGAUAUCUUCUCUUUAAUCACUACUUAUAUAAUUGGAUAUUUCUAUUUUAAUACUCAACAGUUCCGUGAACAAUACAACAUUCAUUUUUAUGUAUUUUUUUUCUGCGGUUGAAACAGAAGCCAUAGAAUUGCUAUGAUUAAACAUCUGCAUUUGUUGUUGUUUUAAAAUCAUAAAUGAAAUAGCUCAAGCAGAUUGAGAUAUAUACUACAAGAGAUUAUAUAAAUGUGUGUUUUUGUAAGGUUUUUGUCAAGAGGCUAGUUGAAAAAAAAAUCAGAAAAAAUAGAUUUGUUGUACGAGAAAUAUUUCGUACUACCGGUAAAUAUUAUGAGCUGUAGAUCAUGCAUACAAUUCAAUGUACAUUUCAUCCUGUGUUUUAUCUCGUCAUCAUUAUCAGAUAUCCAUACCGUUUUAUGUAUGCAUGUUGCAGGGUGCUAACAGGCUAAUAAGUGAGUGGCUUUAUAGACUUUUUGUGUUUCACAUCUGCUUUUGAAAAGAUUGUUUUGUGAAUAUGAAUUAAAGGUAUAAAGAUUUAUCUGAAAAUUAUAAUACUCUUUUAUCUUUCUGCUUUUCUUUAAUCUCCAAAAUGUUCAAACUGCAAUUUCCUCAUGCUUAAUAUCUUAACAAUAUUGAAUUUUUUGUCGAUCAAUAUUUGUUAUAUUUGUGUUUUAGUUGAACUACACAUUCAAUACUCGAUUGGUUUUCUAUUUUCUGAAUAUCAAAAUUUAAAGUUAAAAUAUGAUGAACUCAUAAGUAAAUACUUUGUUGACAAUUAGAAUUUUAUUUGAGGAGUACGUGUACCAAGAAAGUUUAGUAUCUAUUCUGUUUUCUGCUUUGUCCUCAAACAAAAUUGGAUUAAAAAAUUGGGUAAUUAUUUUAUUUUAAUAUAAAGGGGCGUGCUAUCCAUUAAGGAGAAAAGCAUGCAUUUGGACCUGAUAAAGAUAUACUAGGGUGUAGAGAAACUAUAUGGUAUGAUCCAGGUGCAUUUUCUAAGUAUUAUUUUAUUUUAUCAAAGUAUUAUAGAAAACAACACAAAAUAGACUGACAUUUCUGAGACUUCUAUUAUAAUGUAGUGUUAAGACAAUCUUCAUGAGAGUGGAAAUGUGCAAUAUGUGUAGCUUGCUUGAAACCAGAUACAAUGUCUAACAUUAAAAUGUCCUGACAUUACAUUAUGUACAAUGUCAUUCGUUACAUGGCUGAUAUUACAAUGUCCUACAUUACAAUAGCUGACAUUGACAUUUCCUGACAUUACAAUAGCCGACAUUGACAUUUCCUGACAUCACAAUAUAUAGCUGACAUUGAAAUUUCCUGACAUUAUAAUUCCCUACAUCACAAUAGCUGACAUUGAAAUUUCCUGACAUCACAAUAGCUGACAUUGAAAUUUCCUGACAUCACAAUAGCUGACAUUGAAAUUUCCUGACAUUAUAAUAAUUCCCUACAUUACAAUGGUCUACAUUAAAAUUUCCUCACAUUACAAUUUCCUACAUUGCAAUGCCCUGUAGAGAACAACGAGCUAUAACAAUAGUCAUAAUAUUUACAAAAUACAGCGAUACAUAAUAUGUAGUAUUGUGCAGCUUUACGUUUCUCCCUAUUUCAUUUGUCAUGUAUUAAGGAUUUCGGUAUUAUUUUACAUGUAUAAUGUAUAUUACCAGCUUUUAAGGCUUUCUUCACAAGCAAGCAAUGCUUUUCUUUCUAAUUUAUUCUUUUGUACAAGUAUAUUUUGUUUCAAAUCUUUAUUUAAAUAUCUAAAACCAUAAAAUGUUCACAUGUGAAAUUGAUAUCAAUAUUUCUGGAUUAUAUCUAUAAUAAAUAACAUGCUUAAAAUUGUAAGAUAUCAUUUAACAUGUUAUAUAAAUCUUUAUUGAUUUAACUACGAAAAUUUGAUUUGUUACAAUGUAUUAAACAAAUUAACUUGAUAAAGCCUAGCAGUGGCCAGUUAUAUUAAGGAUCUAUGCUAUGUUACCUGAACAUGUAUUUCGUUUAAAAUUGUUCCACACAGUUACGAUUCCAAAUCGUAGGAACUGCAAUAUGGGAAGGAACUUCUGUAAAACCUCGUAAUUUUGCCACAAUUUCUCCAGGGCAAUGUACCGGUAUACAUAAUUGAGUAUAGAUUCACAAUAGCAUAAUAAUCCUCAAAUAUGCCUCCUCCUCUAGUGUAAAUCAUGAUAUCAUAUUUAUCCUCAAAUAAGCCCCCUCCCCUAGUUUAAAAGUCUAGUUCUUUAUAUUAAAGUUUGGGAAGAUCUUAUUUGUGAGCCACUUUUAGCUAACUAUUUCAAGAUUUAUGAUUCUGCCAAAAUGAAGAAAGGGCUUAUUUGCAGAUAAAUACAAUAUAUCUAAGAUGUGAAAAGGAAAGACUUCAACAUUAAAAUAAAUUGAUGGUCAUUUUUUUUUAAACAAAGGACAUCAUAUCGAGGUUUUAAUGUAAAAACUGUAAAAGAAGCACAUGUCUGGUAGCAUAUCUCCUUAAGUGUGAUACAUCAUCUGUUUAUGUGUUUUUAACAUUACAUAAAUAACAGUAGUUGUACAGUACAAAUAGCACUAUAUCUGAGAUGGGACAUUUUUAUCUCGACCCCAUCAACAAUCCAUAAUUCAGGCCAAAAAAAUGUUAAAUUCAAUGUUAACACUAUUCUUGAUACAAAUACAUUGUGUUUGAUUCCAAGUAUAUCUAUUAUAAAUUUGGUUUUAUAUCAGUCUUUUGUGAUUUGGGGUAAUUCAUAAUCAUUACAAAUCAACUCUGACCUCUUUGAUAUUGAAGUUCUUAGUUUAGUCACAGGUUUACCACCUACACGACUCUGCCUAUUACUAGGUUUUGUCUCACCGACCAUAGUCAGUGUUCUGUCAGCAUUAGACUAGACUUCUGUAUUAUAUGACUAAGAUAUGCUUCUCAUGACUGUACAACUACUGGAGAGAGAUCACUGUUGGCAUGUUAGAUCUAUGCGCAUUCUCUAUUAGUAUAGUACUUGUACCCGUAUAGCUGUUGAGGUAAAUGAGAGAUGGCAUCGUCUCUGUGCAAGAAUGCCCGUGAUGCAUUUUCGUAAAUAAACAAAAUCCAUUAGAGA